GUGUGUUACUGAGCCUCGGACGCAGUAUUUUUCUUGACGUUCUUCCGUCUUGCUCUUGUCAUACAGUUUGGGGAUGCUGUUGUAUGUAGGCAAAUGUUACAACUGAUAGUAAUGUAGGAUAUCUGCGAGAGUCAAAGAUAAAUAAUUUUUCGGACGUAGAGUAUUAUUCGACGGCUACUUUUUCGGAAGUAGUCCAUCGCGAGCAGAAAGAGAAAGGGCGUAACUGUUCAUUUGCCCAUGCUCUAUCCGCAAUUGUCAUGUCGUUGAAUUGUUUCUUUUGACGGGUAAUUCUUAAUUAAUCAACUAUGAAAUGUGGGCUGACAAUUAGGCUUAAGUCGUUCAGUGUUUUGCCUUGGGAGUGGUUGGUUUUGCGAGCAUCAUUUGGCACCCCCCCAAAAAUACAUUUUCCAACGACAGACAUCCACCCAUGGUCGUGGUACGUGCAGACUACCUGACCUAUGUUUUUUGUUUUGCCAAUUAUUUUUUAUCGGAUCUAUCAAACUGCUCUGUUCCGGACAUACACCCACAGUCAUCACUGGACAAGUGAGAAGAAACCUAUUUUGGGUUAAUUUUAUUUCCAAAAUGAGGCACAUCAUUGAUGCCUUUCUUCACAGGAAGAAUCAGCCAAACAUUAAGUGGAUAGCCUAGUAGUCUAUUCAGACAGUUUUCUAGACAAUUGUCUGUAUACUGUCGUGUUCGGUGCUGCCUUUUUACAAUGAAAAUUAGUAUUGUUUGAGGAUACAAUUCUGUCACUGCUCUCGAACCUGGGGUUGCCGGUAGGAUAGGCGUCUAUUGCCUUGGAACACUGGCUAGGCGGUGGAGCGGCCAAUGUCGACUGUUAUCUUCGGUAGAAUAUAAUCCUGUAUAUACCUACAUACAAACCAAGUAGGCCUUUAGCCUAGUAGAAAGGAUACUUCAGGGACAAUGUCUUCUCGUGCAGCACUACCUGGGAACGAGCGGAAAUCGGACCUCCAUACCUCUCUCUCGACGAGCCGCUCGGAGAAGAGCACCGGUUGGUCAAGCAGAUCAUUCGGAGCACGAUGCCGGAACUCUAUCGCCUCGUGUUCGGACGAGCAGCCGCACAUCGGCAACUACCGUCUGCUCAAGACCAUCGGCAAGGGCAACUUCGCCAAGGUCAAGCUGGCCAGGCACAUCUUGACGGGCAAAGAGGUUGCAAUAAAGAUCAUUGACAAAAACCAGCUCAACCCGACCAGCCUACAGAAGCUCUUCAGAGAGGUACGGAUCAUGAAAGGCCUCAACCACCCAAAUAUCGUGCAGCUGUUUGAGGUGAUCGAGACAGAGAAUACGCUCUAUCUGAUAAUGGAGUACGCCAGUGGGGGUGAAGUGUUUGACUACCUCGUGUCCCAUGGCAGAAUGAAAGAGAAAGAGGCGCGGGCCAAAUUCCGUCAGAUUGUGUCUGCUGUCCACUACUGUCACCUGAAGAACAUUGUUCACAGGGACCUUAAAGCUGAGAACCUCUUGCUGGAUGCCGACUCCAACAUCAAGAUCGCAGACUUUGGCUUCAGUAACGAGUUCACCAUGGGCAACAAGCUGGACACAUUCUGUGGCUCCCCUCCCUAUGCAGCACCGGAGCUGUUCCAGGGGAAGAAGUACGACGGGCCUGAGGUGGACAUCUGGAGCCUGGGGGUCAUCCUCUACACGCUGGUCAGCGGAUCACUGCCCUUCGACGGGCAGAACCUCAAGGAGCUGCGGGAGCGUGUUCUGCGUGGGAAGUACCGCGUGCCCUUCUACAUGUCCACCGACUGCGAGGGCAUCCUGCGCAGGUUCCUGGUGCUCAACCCCACCAAACGCUGCACCCUGGAGCAAAUCAUGAACGACAAGUGGAUUAACUCUGGCUACGACGGAGAAGAACUGAAGCCUCAUAUAGAGCCUGUGGAGGACCAUAAUGAUGCCAGCCGCAUCGAGGUGAUGGUGGGGAUGGGUUACACCCGUGACGACAUCAAAGACGCUCUGACCACUCGGAAGUACAACGAGGUCACCGCCACCUACCUCUUACUGGGACGCAUGAAUGAGGUGGAGGGCAUCGAGACUCGGUCAAUCAGCAGUCUGAGCCUGGCGCGGGUACGGCCCAGCACCGUCACCAACGGCACCAGUAAACACUCCACCUCCUCCACCACCUCCGCCUCGGCCUCCUCCUCCUCCCACAGCAAGACCACCCAGCGCAGCGCCUCCACCUACCACCCCCGCAGGAGGCACAGCGACUUCUGCGGUCCAGCAGCGCCCCCAUCCCACCCCAAGCGUAGCCCCAGCAGCGUGGCGGGGGCAGACAGGGAGCUGAAGGAGGAGGGGGGGCGCAUGGCAUCCCGGAAGGUCAGCAGCAGCGUGGUAGGCAGCCGCUCCAUCCAGCCCCCCUCCAGCCCCAUGGUGAGCAGCGCCAACAAUCCCAACAAGUCAGAGAUCCCAGACCGCCGCAAGGAGAUUAACACCGCCACGAACAACGUCCCAGCAAGUGCCAUGAUUCGACGGAACACGUACGUGUGCACCACGGACCGGAACAGCACAGAAAGGCCCUCCCUACUACAGAACGGAAAGGAGAACAGCUCUAUGUCCCACCGGCUGCCCCCGGCCUCACCCUCCACCCACAGCAUCGCUGGGGCCUCGGGGACCUCCUCCUCUUCGGGCUCCCGCCUCACCCGGGGCUCCAGCAUCCGCAGCACCUUCCACGGGGGCCAGCUGAGGGACCGGCGGCCUCCCUCCCACGCUCCCCCCACCUCCCCCACUCUGUCCCACGACGCCAGCCCCCUGCCCCACGCACGUACCCGCGCCACCUCCAACCUGUUCAGCAAGCUCACCUCCAAGCUCACACGCAGGGUCAAUCUUGACCCCUCUAAGCGUCCGAACUCAAACAAGUCCGUCUCGGGCUGCACUCUUCCGCAGGGAUCAAAAACAGUUAGGUCACAGACGAACCUGAGAGAGUCUGCAGAUCUCCGGUCACAAGCCUCGGCUGCACAGUCUCUGGUCAAACAGUCUCUGGUUAAAACCAGCAGUCGCCAUCUACCUGGGCAUCAAAAAGCGGCAGAGCCCCGGACCCCCCGAUGCGGCUGGGAUGUGAGGGUGCGGAGCCCGCGGGACCCGGCGGAGGUGGUGCUGGCGCUGCGCGAGGCGGCUCAGGGCUGCGGCUGCCAGGUCCACCUGGCUGGGCCCUUCCUGCUCUCCUGCACCCACGGGGCGGCUGGCUCACGCGUGGCCUUCGAGGCUGAGGUGUGCCAGCUGCCCGCCGGCCCCGCUGAGACCAGCGGCGUGCGCUUCAAACGCCUGUGGGGGGCGCCGCUCGCCUUCCGGGACAUUGCCACAAAAGUGUCCAAGGAGCUGGAGCUCUGAGGGCGACAGGGGGUGGGGCAGAGGGCUUCUACACUGGACAGACUGACCAAGGGGGCGGGAGAAGGAGACGGGCAGAACCCGCUACCCCCGCUGCCAACCUCGCCUCACCCCCGCCAAAGACCCGCUUCUGGUGCCACACGGACACGCAGACGCACAGGCCCGGGCCCGCCACUCACAGACAUAUGACCUAUGAACCCUGCUGAGGCACCUCAAUAUUAUGUGAAUCUACGGAGUCUAGCAGUUAUUUUUUAAUUCCAUAUUUGCAGAUGAAGAUAUAUUUCGUCAACGUCGUUAUGAUUAUAUUAUAUUUGUUGUCAUUCCUUUUUAACAGCUGCUAUUUUGUUUUUAAUUUUAUGUUUUUAUUUUUUCCGCUUCCAUGAGCGAUUGACGCAGACUGAAUGCAUAUUUAAGAAACAAGGGGCCAGCCCUUUCCUAGACAGAACUUCAGGCUAUAGAGCAGGGGUGUCAAACUCAUUUUUCCCUGGAGGCCGCAUUCAGUCUUCAACAAGGUCCGGAGGGCCGAACUGAAAAUGUGUUAUAUUUCCUUGCUGUCAAAAUUUGCCAAAAAUAGUCCUCUAUCCAUCAUUGUUUGAAAUUGUUAUGCUCCCUGACUGUCUAGCUUUCAUUUAGAUGAUUAUUAACGAGCUGGACACAGUCAAUAAACUGUAAGAAUGUAGGUCCAUUAUCUUAUCAUUUCUACAGUUUUGAUUUGGUUGUAGUCAUUUUAAAGUAUAUUUAAAAUAAUAAAUUGUUGUUUUUGUUUUGUUUUACUCCAACCCGCGGGUCAGAUUGGACCCCCUCGCGCGCCUGAUAUGGCCCCGGGCCGUAUGUUUGACACCCUUGCUAUAUAAGGAGACAUGCAGAAAUGCAGAGACGACAAAAAAACGAUGCUGUAAAACAAAUGCCAGACCCUUCUGCCCAUCCAUCGUCUGCUCAAUUCUGUAAGAAUUACCUCUGCUACUCUCGUCAAGUUUCAUUUUCUGUUUUGUAUAUACCGGUAUGUUGGUUACCAAUGAGCAAAGCUGUCUGACUUCAAUGUCCAAAGUAGAAUAGGCGAUGACUGCUCUUCUGAGCAGGUAACCGUUUGAUUUUCUGCGUUUCAGCAGGUAAUGUACACAAGCAUUCUACAUGUUCUUCUGGUAGCACUUUUGGUUUAGCAAUAUCACCUCUUACAAAUUUAUUUCCUCUUAAAUGGUACAGCACAUACACAGGGCCAAGAUUCCAAACACGAUUUGAUAUAAGCUGUGUUUAGUAUUAUGUUGUGGAAAAUUGAUUGUCACAUUUCCACAAUCAAGAUUUGGAUCACUUUUUUUGUAUAAGAUGACCCAAGAUCGCAUAAAAAGAUAAUUGGAUCAACUCCUAAUUUUCUGUUCAAAAAAUAUAUAUCAUUGAUCACACAGACUAUAACAACUACAGCAAUGCUUGUUGAUUUGCAUUCAGUAUUUGAGUCCAAUGAUUCUUGUGUCUGUGGUUCCCUGAUGGAUGAGUUCCGAACUGCUCCUCAACACCGCCCUCGGCAACACUGAGCAAUUGGUCAACAAAACAGGCGUGAUGUAGCCACUUCCCUUCUGGUAACCAAUCAGACUUCUGUAUUGCUGAGUGACAUACGAGAGUGAGGAGGGGGGUAGUUUAGAAUGUGACCCUGGGUGACCUCGUUGAAAUCAACCCUGACACUCUUCUAUAAAUGAACCACGGCCCCAAGCUGCUCACAAUAGAUCCAAGUCAGGUAGAUAGUCACUUGCUCAGGCCUUGACUGUUUGUCACUGGCUUUGGUUUGCACCAAUAUACAGUAAUGAUCCUUGUCGCCUCUCAGUGGGUCACAGCAGCAGACAUGCCAGAACUUCAUUCCCAGUUGCUGCAGUGGGCUCUUCUAGUUUAGAUCUCUGAACCAGGUUUCUAUUUUCUCAGCUCAGACUGUGUUGUUGGUGUCGCUGAAUGUUCCUCAACCUUUCUUGUUUGCUGAAAAAUGGCUCAAAGAUUAAUCAACAGUGGAUGAUGUUCUCAUUACAGAAUGUGCUUGUUUGUCACUGUUCCAGUACAAUGUCAUUUCUACAGUAUGUAACAUCCCAGUUAUAUUCCGUAACCUGUGACACCCCUGACCAUCUUCGCCAGCCUGCCCACACUGGACUGCCUGCCCAACACACUCACACAUUUUCAGUUGUUUUCAAACUCCACCAUUUUCCACCUUAUUCCUUUUGGCAAUAAUAUUUAUGUGUAUGGCAGUAGUACAUAGUCAUCCAUAACACUACUAUGACUUCAGUUUGCCGGCUGCAAGGAAUCAUGGGAGAUUUUAGUUGCAACAGGUGGCCACAAAUGUCUUAAAAUAUGAAAGCUGUGAUUUAGGGCAAUUUUUUUGCAACUUUGCCCAAAAUAGGACCUCUUGCCCAACAAUUCACAUCUGUAUUGCUUAAAGCUUAGGACAAUGCUUCAUAAGUAGAAAGUAGUUGUGCGUUGGAAGCAGUCGCUGUUAAACGGGGUGGAACUAUGGAAAUGACUGACCUGCAGUCCUGCAUGUCUCCAAGGAAAAUUGUGUGAAGCAAAAAUAAAUUAUCCUUUCAAACUCUGA